AUGCAUCUCAUCAACGUUCGGACACGGUUGUUGGAAGAGUUCCAUGCAAAUAUACCAAAAUACGCCAUCUUAUCGCAUACCUGGGGAACUGAUGAAGAAGAGAUAUCUUUCCGCGACAUCAAAUCAGGCUUCAUAUCUAAGCCGGGACUCGGAACAGUCAAGUUCGAUGGCUGCUUGCGGCAAGCCAAAGCCGACGGGCUCAGCUAUGUAUGGAUCGAUACUUGCUGUAUUGACAAAACCAACGCCAAUGAGUUGGGCGAGGCGAUCAAUUCCAUGUUCCGAUGGUAUCAAGCAGCCAAAACUUGUUAUGCUUUCCUCCAAGAUGUGCCCUCGAAGGACGAGUCCGCGUGGAAGACAAGAUUCCGCAAAAGCCGCUGGUUCACGAGGGGGUGGACCCUGCAAGAGCUUCUAGCUCCCAGCGAGCUAAUGUUUUACAGCAGCGACUGGCGAGCCUUGGGGACAAAACUGCAAUUAUCAAGCGUCGUGGGAGGGAUAACAGGCAUACCGGCCCAGUUCUUAUUAGGUGCCUCCAACCUACGCGAAGCAAGUGUAGCGCAACGCAUGUCUUGGGCUUCUCGUCGGCAGACCAAGCGGGUGGAAGACAUCGCCUAUUCCCUUCUGGGGAUUUUCAAUGUCAUGAUACCAAUGAUCUAUGGUGAGGGCACCCAAGCCUUCAUACGGCUCCAGCAGGAGAUUAUCAAUGCCACCACGGACGACUCAAUCUUGGCUUGGGACCUGAGCUCCAAAGUCGUAACCUUCGACCCUCAGAGCCGCCCGAGGAAUUUAACUGGGGGCAUCCUGGCGAUAAGCCCUGCGGCUUUUGCAGAGUGUGGAAAAAUUACGUCUGGGGAACAUCGUACUCCGACGAUAGAGCAGGGUAUUUCACGGGGCUACCUCAAACUGCAACUACCUCUGUACUCUGGUCCUUUGGGAGAGACUUACGGCCUUCUCAAUUGU